AUGAAAAUCAGGUCUACUGUCCCAGACACGUUCUUUCUCGAUGUCUAUUUCAACGCCACUCCAGUGCAACCCAGCCAGGACUCUCAAGACAGGCGCACGGUCAAGAAUGCUCUAGCUCCAACCAGAAUUGCCUAUGUUGGCGGCCAGGCAGAAUUUAUAGUUGACAUGGGAUUUGAGUAUGCUACGCGCUUAGUUAUAUUCCACGGACAAUUCGAGUCCGUAUUCCUAGCAAUCUAUGGGGAUGACAUUACAGAAAAGCCAGAGAUCAUUUCAUAUGAACCCAAAUCCAUGCCUGUACCUAUAUCUAUGCCUAUAUCAAGCAACCUCGACCCUGCCAAUUCACCGAAUCCCAUGUCAGUCGCAGAGCAAUUGCUCCUUCUAAUGGACGAACCCCCGCCAUCUCUCUCUGUUGCAACGCGUUUAAUAUUCUCUCUCAAACCAGAGAAAUACGAUUGGGAUCUUCCUGGAUUUCCAGAAUUAUACUCAGAGUUAGAUAUUCCAGAAGACGAUGAUUUGGAAAGACUUGUCAAGUCUGUUGGUAGGCCCAUACGCGAGGAUAUAUCUUCGGAAACAAUCACAAGGUUCGCAGAAAGGGUGCACGACAUUCUGGGCACGAAUGCCUCCGAUGAUGCUUAUUAUACAGCCAAACUUCUGGGUAUAUCCGCAUCUCAGCAAACGAAGUUUUCAAGGAUUCUUCUAGAGCAUCUUGACCUCCCUCAAAUUUACAAUGAAGAAUCUUUGGAUGAUACCACAAUCCACUGCCUAUUGGAUGCUGCUAGUAACAUCGAAAUCGCUGCAUACUUCUUGGAUGAUAAUGCUUUCAGAACAUGUCUUGAGAAUAUUCAGACAAAUCCUAGAACAAAAAAAUCGACACAGAAAGCUUUGAAAAGAUUGUUGUCUAGACUGCAUGGUUGGAAAACCUUCCAAGACUCCCUAACGAAUCCACGAGGUGAUUUUGCAAGCAGUAUAGCAUUCUUAAAGGAUAUCACAACAACCGAACACUCCAUCGGAUGUUGGCUAGAGUGUAUGAUGACGAAUAACAAACUGGUUAAUAAACUUGGCGAUGUUCCACGUAAUCGAUCCCUUCCUCUUCCAUUAUUCCAACGGCAACAUGUUCUUCCUUCGUAUGAUGAAUUUCUCACCUUUGUGAGAGCACUCGUUGGUGUAUCUACUGUGCUUCCUGUUCUGGCAUGGGCAGACAGCGUAGGUAGUAGCCCAUGUCGUGAACGAGCGUUAGCAGUGUUGGUCCUUUGGCAAGGAAUUGACGGGUACCGAGAGAUCGUUAACCAUUGCCUACUGUUGCGUCAAAUUACCAAACGACUUCAGUGGAACACACAUGAAGACCCACCUCUGAAAGCGGGUAUGUUUGCAGAACGAUUGCUGAUUGGACUGGCCAAAGAGCCUCAAGCUAUGCUGCGUGAAGACCUCGUUGAUACAAUCCUGGAUCUCAAAGGACCGUUUUCUUGUAUUGAAACGGAGGAAUUAAUGGAAAUGAAAAAACUGGCCAUGGUUGCCCGAGAUGGUUUGCCAUCUGCUGUCGAGGAGCUUACUUAUACAAGCGUCCGCCCGUUCUCGCUUCGACGCCUUCGUGUCCUCCGUGUUUCAUUAGCUAUAAUAACAAACCAAAUUAGCCACGAAGACGGCGAACUCAAAGUGGCAAACAGUUUUUGGACGGAACGAUCGCAGGCCAUUCUGCCGACCCUGAUUACGAUCCUUCGCGACCUAUCAAAUGAUCUUAACCCCCAUUUUGCACUGAAGCCACCUCCGCGCAUGAACCAAGCGCUUACCGAGCUCCUUCUGUCCACAGCAGGCGACACAUUACAUCUGAUCAGACACUUUGCUGAAGUCUGCCUACUCAUCAACAGAGAUCUGCAGGCCUUAACAUUCGCCAUUGCUGACCUUUAUGCUUGUUCGGAUGCAGCUCUUACAAUUGCUUCUCAACUUUCAGUUGCCUAUUCGUCUGCACAGAAUAUCAGGUUUAUCUGCCCUGAAAUUCUGCGGAGUCUUGCGAUCUCAUUCUUUUCUUCUAAAUUGGAUUGUACAGGCCCGCGAGUCAUUCUAAGGACACUCCUCGAUCCAUAUAUGAAAGAUAUUGUUCGGGACCCUAUCCAUCAUAUAUCACAAGUGUAUGAUUUGGUAGAUAGGCUUUUACCCCUGACAACUACUUUUGAAGAGUUUGCCUCACUUUGGGUGACCUCCGUAUUCCCACAAUUGUUGACAGAGUUGUUUCAAUUCUGUCAUUUGCUUGAUCCAGAGACGAGGAGUCAUUUUUUACAACGCCUCGUCGUUCUUGAUAAUGGGGAAACGGCAAUAGGUGAAUGGAUUCUCGGCGAAGAGCUGAAAGAACUCGCAAAUACCCUUCACAUUCUUUUGAAUCCUCCCGUCGAUCUCAACUAUAGAAUCGUACUACAGUACCAUGUUUUCAAUUCACUCCAUUUCUGUCAACUAUUGCUCUCGUCAGCAACAACAUCUGCCUGGACAAUUUCGUCGCUUUCCUCCAAUGAAGAUCUUUCACAACUAUUGGACACCUGUCUUUCACUUAUUUUCGAUUCCAGCAUCUCUGCUUCCGAGCUCACCCGACUUACAAGCCAUUUGGCAAGCAAGGCUAGUCAAUUUGGUCCAGACGUCCGAUUCAACAUCCUUCUCCUUGCCCUAAGGAAUGCCGAAUCUGAUCCGUCCGUCGUUGAUGCAUUGGAUUUUAUACCUGACAUUCUCAAAAGUCUCCCCUCAACAUCUAUCUCUCACGAACGUCUGCGGACCGAACUUGGACGGAUGAUAUGCACAUAUUCAGACCAUGCGUCUGUUAUGACCGCGGACAAUGCAGAAAUGUUGCUCCAAAUCCUGGAAUGGCUUGCCUCGAAAGAAGACAAUGUGAAAAUGUCAACCCUGAUUGGGAUUUCCCGUGAAGGUUUUCAUUAUCUAUGUACGACGCUUGCUUCCAUUCUUCCAUCAGAGAGAGAGAGAGACGUUGUCUUUGUCGAAAACAGAUUGAGCAUCGAUGGGGACGAAGUGUUCUCGGCGUCAAAACUUGAAUUGGUCGAUUCGCUUACGCUGCCGUUGGGCACUAUCGAAGACCUGCUUUCUCCAACACCCUUCCAACCAUCAACACCUAAGUCGGGGAAUAAGACACCGGACAUUCUGGGGGUCGUUAUUUCGCCACCGACAGCGCUGUUACGGUCGCCUGCAGCCACUGGAUUAACGAAAACGUACGCCAACAACGAUUUCCGACAACUAAGACAGACCUCUUCAACGAGAGUAAAUACUAGUCGGCUACCAAGUACUCAUGUCGAUGUAGGUAUCGACGGUCAUUUGGACCUGAUCUUGCACUGA